AAAAGUUUCUCUUAUUAAACACGAGAAAGAUAACAUUGGGGAUAUCAUUAUGUGAAACAAAUGGUCAAUUAUCGAUGUCUGCGCCCAACAAAAGAAAUAAGCAUGUGUACAUCAAAACAGAAGUAUUGGCAGUGUGAGUGAGCCCCUUUUGGAGCGAAAAAUAAAAUGUAAGCGCUGAAACUAACAAAUCAGGCGAAGCUCUUAAACACGUACGUAUAUAUUAAGCGCUAUGUGCAACGGAAAAGCUAGACGGGACACAUCAAUCCAGAAUUGCGAAAAAAGUACAGAGCGGACCGAGAAAUCAGUCAGUUAGAACUCAGCAGAGCAGUGCAACAGUACGGUGAACAUCUCAGCAAGAAUAGCAACAAAAGAAGUGAAUUUCUAAAAAAAAUAUCUGAAUGAAAUUACUACACUUAAAUUUUAAACGUGCUUACUUUUUUACAUUUGUGCAAACAAAUCUGCGUAAUAAACCGACUUUUAAUAUAUAGUACAUUUCAUUAAAUAACGAAGGUGAAUAAGCAUCAUAAGUGAAGUUUUGACAUACACACCCUCCAUUUAUGUAAGGGUGUUUUGGAAUAGAAAGGACACUGGCCUAACGAAGGUGAAGAGGCAGAAACGCAACGUCAUCAGCCUUUUGACACCGAAUACGACAUUUUCGGCUGCAUUGUGUUUGUAACCGCCAGACUAUACAUGCUCUUCUUUUUAUAUUGUUAUUUAGCACAAAAAUUUACUGCGACAAGGUGACAAAAAGGAGUUUAAUAUCAGGCUUUACAGCCACAGAUUAUUAUACAAAUGGCAAUAGGAAAUAUUGCCCACAUAAAAAAAAAGAAACUUUAGAAUAUACUAGACUGUAAGAACAAAGCGUGUUAAGAACCAAAUUAAAAACGCAGAGCGGAGAUUAACGAACACAUAUGUAUAUUCAUUCACCAUUGAAUGUUGUUAUGCUGCAAAGGACACGUAGGCACAACUGAAGGUAGAGCAAGCAAAAAUACCUACCCAACUUCAUCAUUAGUAUACCGCGAUAUGCAGAGGUGAAAAGGACAUAUGCCACAAAUUAUACUACAUAUAUCAAGGCUCACAAAACACACAGUGGUUGAGCGACUAAAAAACAAUAAUAUUAAACUUCAGACUUUCUAAUUAUUUAUUAAAAAUUUAUUUUACGUCAGCAAAGUGUUCAGAUGAUCAUCCCACACAUAAUCACAGUUUUAAUUAAAAACAAUAAAGUUUGAGUGUUUCUCGUGACAAUUCUGAACUAAAGAAAAAAAUGUUUUUUUACAAGUAUAAAAAUAAAUAAGUGAUAACAAAUAACUGGCAUUCAGAAGACUACUACAGAUACAGCAAAUAAUACGAAUGUUAACUUAUUUUCACUAUAAGAAAAAUACAUAUAUAUUUAUUAUAGUUUGAAACCAAAAGUUAACAGUCUCAUCGAUAAUCGUGCACAAAUUCUCGCAUACAGUUAAAAGAGGAGCUACAAGUAAAACGAUUCCUUGCAACAUUCACUUAAGAGAAGACAGCAACAAAAUUUCAAGAUGCGGUUAUUUCCGGUGCGUUUAUCGAAUAUUACAAAAAUGCUCGAUAUGUACUCGCAGUUCAAUCCAUCCCCUUUGUCUAUAAAACAAUUUAUGGACUUCGGUCAAAAUGCAUGCGAGAAGAAAUCCUUUAUAUUCCUGCGUAAAGAGCUGCCCGUGCGUCUGGCGAAUAUCAUGAAAGAGAUCGCGUUGCUGCCCGACCAUUUGCUAAACACCCAAUCAGUGAGCCAGGUGAGCUCAUGGUACGUGCAAAGCUUCGAGGAGGUGCUGGAGUUUGAAAAGGCAGAACCGACGCAUAGUAACUUGGAAAAGUUUUGCAACACUUUGGUGCACAUACGCAAUAGGCACAGUGAUGUGGUGCAAACAAUGGCUCAAGGCGUCAUCGAAAUGAAGGAGCAUCAGGGCGGCCCCGUUGAUUGCGGCAUGGAAUCGUCGAUACAAUACUUCCUCGAUCGUUUAUACAUGUCACGCAUUAGCAUACGAAUGCUAAUCAAUCAGCACACUAUACUAUUUGGCCAGUUCCCCAACGAGCAGGGUCGUCAUAUUGGCUGCUUGGAUCCGGCCUGUCAGAUCUCAUCGGUGGUAAGAGAUGCUUAUGAAAACGCACGCUUUCUCUGCGAUCAAUACUAUCUGAUCAGUCCGGAAUUGGAAAUCACUGAGCAUAAUCCACACGACAAAGCAAAUAAUCCCAUACGCACUGUUUAUGUGCCCUCGCAUUUAUACCACAUGCUUUUCGAGCUGUUUAAGAAUUCCAUGCGUGCUGUUGUGGAAAAUAACGAUCAGGAUAAAUGUGAAAAGCUGCCACCCAUUAAGGUGCUCAUAGCGGAGGGAAAAGAGGAUAUAUGUGUGAAGAUCUCAGACCAAGGUGGCGGCAUUCCACGUUCACAAACCGAUCAGUUGUUCAAAUACAUGUACAGCACUGCGCCACAGCCAUCAAAAUCCGAUCUACAUACAGUGCCAUUAGCUGGAUAUGGCUAUGGCCUGCCCAUUUCGCGCUUAUAUGCACGCUAUUUCCAUGGUGAUAUUGUGUUGUUGUCAUGCGAAGGAUAUGGCACCGAUGCGAUUAUUUAUAUGAAGGCACUAUCAGAUGAAGCUAACGAGCUCCUGCCCAUUUUCAACAAGACGAGCUCGAAAUUUUAUCGCGCCACCGUGCCCACUGGCGAUUGGUCUAAUCAGAGCUCUGACAUGAAUGCACGGCAGUUGAAUGCUUCGGCACCGAAGCGCUACAAUGACAUGUUAUAGAAUGAACCUACGAGGGACUCGGCAGUUGAGCAAAGUAAGCUAACGGUAGCAGUUGCAGAUCCAGCAAAUCUAUUGAUAUCACAAGCUCAGGCGCAUUUGUUGAACGAUAAGGAAUGAAGCGCAAUGGAAUAGAUGAAAGGGUUGUUGUACAAGGAAGUGUAAACCAAUUUUCGGAUUAAUCAAUUGACGUAACGCAAUCAGCACAAGACCUUUAACUUAUCAAAAGGGCGAGCAUAUACAUACAUAUGUAAAUUAAUCACGGCGUUAUUCAGGAAAUAUUGAAAAUGGUUUUCUAACGGAUAACGGAAAUUUUGCGACAAGUAGUAACUCAAAACCCUAAAAAGAGAAAAAAAAAUUAAAAAUUAUGAAAAUUUUGCAAUAAGUAGUAAGUGAGCAAGCAUUGUAACUAAUCAAGCUGAGCUGAUUAUGUAACAAGUAUCCGUAGUAAAAAGUGAAAAGGCGCACGUGCGAAUAAAAAAUACAAUUAAUUAAAGCAAACUCAAGUAAAAAUAUCAUGCACAAGUUGGAGAGGUUUGUAGGUUCGUAAUUUAGAAUUAUGUCAUUGCGCUAAAAGUCGCCGGCGUUUGAUGAAAAGCGCACUCGGAAUUUGCCUUUGUGCGCAAACAGUCAGUCGCGGCGAUGAUUUCUAUUGCACAUACAUACAUAUACAUAAAUGCAUAUAUACAUUUACAAGUCGUAGAAUUAUGUAAGCAAACACAUUUUCAAACGCAUAAAUUAUUAGCAAAAACAUUCCCCUCAAAAGUCCAUAAACAUUUAUUUACUUGGCACUUUAAGCUCACAGCCAUUUGCACUUUUAUUCGUAUUUUUAAUGUGUAAGCGAACGAAGAAGAUACUCGUAUCCGAUACUUUAGGUUAGGUAUAAGAAGUUACCACGAUUGUUAAGUUUAACACUUAGUCUUAACAGAGCAUUUGUUUAAACCGUAAUGAGUUAUAAAUUAAGUUUUAUAAAGAUAUAUGUUAAUGAUGGAUACCGAAGACGGAAAGAAAUAAAAUUGUUUGAUAUGGAA